UAUUUGUCAGGUGUCCAGAAACAUGAUCUGUGGCAGCUUGAAGUGUAAAUUGGCAGCUAUUUGCAAACACGUUAUAACAACUCUGUUAGAUGAUUUGUCAGUGUUGUGUGUCAGAUCAGUAAAUGUAGCUUUAAAGUGAAGGGCCAAUUGUUAGCUGUACAUCACCACCUACAUAAUUUAUCAUAAUUAGAUAAAUUGUUUAAUUAGUUCCCAUAUAAGAAAACCCACACAAAUAUCGAGAUGCAAUAAGAACAUGAUUGCAAAUCACACAUAUGUUGCAUUAUUUUACCAUUUAAUAUAACUAAAUUAAAGAAGUAAGUUAACAAGUUAAUUUCUCUACUCCUGUCAGCCAGGGCUCAGUUCAUACAUCUCAUCUGAUUAGGCUUUAUUGCCGAUCUGGCUCUGCCAUUUCCACCUUUAGAAGACUAAGUGACAUGGAUGACGUUGAUUGCUUUCUGGGGGGUUUUUCUAUCCAAAUGUUAAUGAUUCUGCCGCCCGAAGUUCUCACCAAUGGAUUAUAAAGAAGUACUACUGUCUGUUUGUGUGUCUCUAGUCCCCCCCCCCAACUCUCCCAUGUUUUCCCACCCACUUUCUCUCUCUCUCUGUGUCUCUCUCUCUCUGUGUCUGUCUGUCUGAAUGCCACAGGCCUCCCACCCCUCAGACCAGAUUUAGACCUCCAGUCUUUCCCAGGCAUUCAGACCCAGCUGGCUGGUAGUGCACAGAUUCCCUUGUCUCCGUCGUUCUUUGUGUCUAAUACCUCGUCCUUUACUUCCUCUCCUUCCCAUGCCUGGACUCUUUUAUUACUUUUUUUGUCUGACAUGGUAGCAGAGCCUGCCAGAUGUCAGAGUUGGACGACAGGUCGAGGGUUGUAGUCCAGGGUUUCGCCUGUCGGUCUGGUUCCACAGAGGCAGACCUUGUGCUCCUCUUCCCCCAGCCAUGGAGCCUCUUGCAGAGGUCCCAUUAUUUGAGAUGGAUGGGGAAGAGGAUGUUCUGUCAAUGAAGAGCAGAGCACAUGCUCUUGCACCCCCUGCAGGCACAGACCCUGACACGUUUAUAUAUACAAACUUCAUGAAGAGUCACUGUUGCUAUGAUGCCAUCCCUACCAGCUCCAAACUGGUUAUUUUUGACACAACACUACAGGUGAAGAAGGCUUUCUUUGCUCUGGUGGCAAACGGUGUGAGGGCAGCACCACUGUGGGACAGCAAGCUUAAGUGUUUUGUGGGUAUGCUGACCAUCACAGACUUUAUCAACAUUCUCCAUCGUUAUUACAAGUCUCCUCUGGUUCAGAUCUAUGAGCUGGAAGAACACAAGAUAGAGACAUGGAGAGAGAUCUAUCUGCAGUACUCUGUCAACAGAUUGAUCAGCAUCACUCCUGACUGCAGUCUGUUUGAUGCCAUCUACUCCUUGUUGAAGAAUAAGAUACACCGUCUGCCGAUCAUCGACCCGGCAUCAGGAAAUGUCCUCCACAUCCUCACUCACAAACGCAUCCUCAAGUUCCUCCACAUCUUUGGAUCUACAAUUCCUAAACCCAGGUUUCUUCAAAAGCGGGUCAAUGAAGUGGCGAUCGGUACCUUCAAACAGAUUGCAACAGUCCAGGAAUCAGCUUCUGUCUACGACGCUCUGACCAUUUUUGUAGAGAGAAGGGUGUCCGCGCUGCCUGUAGUCAAUGAGCAAGGUAAAGUCGUGGCACUGUACUCUAGGUUUGAUGUCAUUAACCUCGCAGCCCAGAAAAACUACAACAACCUGAACAUGACGAUGCAGGAGGCCAUUGCCUCCAGAGCAUGCUGUGUGGAGGGAGUCCUCAAGUGUUACCCUUACGAAACACUGGAGACCAUCAUCGACCGCAUCGCAAAGGCUGAGGUGCAUCGUUUGGUGUUGGUUGACAAAGACGAUGUGGUGAGAGGGAUAGUCUCUCUGUCUGACCUUCUACAAGCCCUGGUUCUCACUCCUGCAGAUGAUGCUGUCAGUCCUGAAGAAAACCAGAUGGAGAUUGGAAAGUUGGGGUUUGGCCUGAAAGGGAAGAAGAAGAAGAAGGUCAACACAGACCUGGUCUUGGCAAACAAGGGAGCUAUGGACAGUGAUGUGGAGGUGCCUUCCGAAGCGUCUUCCCUGCCCGAGGGAGAAAAUACUGAGGAUCAACCAGGAAGCUCUGGAGUAGUCAGAACCAGAGUUAUACCAAACUAUAAAAGGUCCAAACUGAAAACUCGCAUUCAGGACAAUGAAGGGAAACCACAGAGCUUCCAGAUUGCAAUUAACAUCACAGAGGCCAGGCAGCUGGUGGGAGAAAACAUCGACCCCAGUGUGGUGAUUGAGAUCGGUGAUGAGAAGAAACAGACUUCAGUCAAAGAAGGCACCAAUGCUCCCUUUUACAAUGAGUAUUUCGUGUUUGACUUCUUUGCCCACAAAGAGGUCUUCUUCGACAAAGUCAUCAAGCUGACAGUGAUGCACUCUAAAAUGCUGAGAAGCUUCUGUGUUGGGUCCUUUAAGCUGGAUGUGUGGACAGUUUACAAACAGCCAGGUCAGCAGUUUAUCAACAAGUGGGCAGUGCUGACCGAUCCUAGUGACAUUAGCACUGGGGUCAAAGGUUAUGUCAAGUGUGACAUCAGCGUCACAGCAAAGGGAGAUGCCAAGCAACCAGGAGCAAAAGCGAGUGAUGCUGAGGAGCAGAUCAACAAGAACCUGCUGCUACCAGAAGGUUAUCCCUCUGAGCGACCCUGGGCUCGUUUCUGUGUGAAGGUGUAUCGCGCUGAAGGCCUUCCACGGAACAACUCCAGCAUCAUGGCCAAUGUCACGAAGGCGUUCAUAGGGGACAACACAGCACUCAUAGACCCAUAUGUAGUGGUCAGCUUCUUCAAAAAUGUGGGUCGUACCUCUACUCAGAAGUCCACAGCAGACCCGGUGUGGAAUGAGCAGAUCAUCUUUACAGAGAUGUUUCCUCCUCUGUGUCAGAGAAUGAAGAUCCAGAUCUGGGAUGAGGGAAGCAUGAGUGAUGUUGCCAUCGGGACCCACUACUUUGACUUGAGACGCAUCUCCAACGAACAGGAUGGUGACAGAGGGUUUUUACCAACAUUUGGUCCUGCUUGGAUUAACCUGUACGGCUCUGCAAGAAACUUUUCAUUAGGCGAUGACACAGUGGAGCUGAAUGAGGGCAUCGGAGAGGGCGUGUCCUACAGGGGUCGCCUCUACAUGGAGCUGGCAGUGGAGAUCCUAGCCGGAGGGAUGGGUUCGGAGUCUAAACUUAAAGCAGGGAAAGGAGGGAAGGAUGGCAAGACUCCUGCAGGAGGAGCAGCAGGAGCAGCAGGAGCAGCAGGAGGAGCUGCUGAAGAUGAUAAAGGAAAAGCUGUGGCAGCAGAGGUCCUGCCUGUGGAAUCUCCGGCUGGGCUGAAUACAGACAACAUGGAGAGAUUUCUGCUGUUCGGGGCGUUGUUUGAAGCAACAAUGAUUGACAGAAAGAUUGGAGACAGGCCCAUCAGCUUUGAGUUCUCCCUGGGUAACUACGGUAAUGUCUUGGAGCCUGCAGGCCAGCCCAGCAUCCCUGUGCCCAGUCCUGCCGUCAGUCGGAGGAGAAAAGCGUUGGACGUCGCAGACAGUGGUGACAUGUUCGGCUCUUUGAGCUCCCUUUCCACCUCACCGACUUCCCCCCUCCUACCCAGAGGGCCUCAGGACACGGCCUUCACCUCUACGUCCAGCACGCCUCCGGAAAGACCACUCAUCGUCAAAGGAAACAAGCACUACAUGUAUCUGCCUCUGGAGAAGCAGAAGCCGUGUAUUAAUGUGUCGUGUCACUGGGAGGACAGAACAUACCGACUCUACAACUCAAAUAUGCUGGAGAAUAUAGCUGUUCUGUUUGAGGAGGGUGUGGACAGUGCAGCCGAGCUACACAGGAAGUCAGAUCCAGGGGCGGAGUAUAUGCUCCGAAUCAUCCUUAAAGAAUUCUGUAUGGACGCAAGGAGUUUCAUCGCAGCAGCUGAGGCCAAGUUGAAGGCAGAGCUAAAGUCGAGCUACCUGACACAGCUGGAUAAGAAACGCCUCACCAUGUGUAAACAGGAACUGGAGAGUAUGAUAGGAGAGGCCCAGACAUUGGGAGAGAGGAAGAAUUCAGUUGGUGGUGUGAAAGAAAUGCUGCAGGACGCAACAAAACUCAUACUCAAACUGCGCUUCCUUGUGGAAGAGCCCCAGCACACAGUUCCCGACGUCUUUGUGUGGUUGCUAAGCAACAACAAGCGUGUUGCCUGCGCUCGAAUCCGAGCCAGAGACCUGCUGUACUCCAGCAGCAAGGAGGCCCGGGGAAUCCACUGUGGCAAGAUAAUAACACUGUUUCUAAAGCCUCCAGGAAAGCGUGUUGCAGGUUUGUCCGUCCAAGCGAAGCUGGAUGUGUAUCUCUGGUAUGGAACCUGGGUAGACUCCAUCCACAUGCUCGAUGACCUACCUCCACAAUUCUGUCCGGCCACAGGGGGCGCUGAUGCCAGAUGCCCUCCAUCAUACCUGAUCUGCAGCGAGCAGCACCAGUUCCAGUUGAGGUGCCACAUGUAUCAGGCUCGGGGUCUGAUCGCUGCAGACAACACCGGCCUGUCUGACCCUUUUGCUCGAGUUACAUUUUUGUCACACAGCCAAACCACCAAUGUGAUCAGUCAGACUCUCAGUCCAACAUGGAAUCAGUGUUUGCAGAUGAGUGGCCUGUUGCUGUUUGGAGAUCUGCAGCACAUCCAGCAGGAGCCGCCACGCAUUCUCAUCGAGGUGUACGACGACGACGCACUGAGUAAGGCGGAGUAUCUGGGAGCCACAGUGGCGGUGCCCGAGGUUCGGUUGGCCUCUGACCCGUACACACCUCCAACUCUGCAGUACAGCCCGCUGCACUGCGGCAGCCAGCCAGGAGGAGACCUGCUGGCUGCCUUUGAACUUCUGCAGAUCCCAGAGUCCGGGGAGCAGAGUCUGCCGGCGUUAGAGGAACAGGAAGGAGGCAUCUACAAGGUUCCUGCUAACAUCAGACCUGUUCUCAGCACCUACAGGCUGGAGGUGUUAUUCUGGGGUCUGAGGGAGCUGAGGAAGGUUCAGUUCCUGACUGUUGAUCGCCCACAGGUCUUCAUAGAGUGUGCAGGUAAAACGCUGCGCUCCUCUGUCAUUCAGAAGUACAAGUCCAAUCCAAACUUCACCACGCUGAUUGAUGCCAUAGAGCUGGAGUUACCAGAGAACGAACACCUCCAUCCUCCGCUCAGUAUCACUGUUGUCGAUUGGAGGGCUUUUGGUCGCAGCACAUUGGUUGGAAACCACAUUGUCAACAACCUCAAGGCCUUCAAAUACACUCCACCUCCAGCCCUGCCUGCUCCACCAAAAAAGACACACAAACCAUCCAAGGUCACAUACACCACUGGACCUGCAGUGGCACCAGAACCACAAAGCACUGAGGGACUGUCCCAGCCUGCUGGAGAGACCAGUUCAGCUGUAGCACUGACAAAUCAGGAUUGCCUGAUCACUGUGGAGGAUGAAGCCCCGGCUCCAGCCUCACCCCCCCCAAUGCAAGAAUCCAGGAGGAAAAGGGACAGCAGAACAAAGAGCACCCGUGGCCGUUCCACCAAGCGGAGGAGGCGGACCAUCGCUGACGAAUCAGCAGAGUGUGUCAUCGACUGGUGGUCCAAAUACUACGUAUCUGUAGAGAAACAGGCCAAACUGAAGGACAACACUCUCUUACCUCAGGUCUUUGAAAAAGCUUUGCCGUACAGCAGCUUGGUCAGCGAAGGAAUAGACUCUUUGGUCAGCCUGUCAGAUGGAGACAAGAAGAAAUUCAAAGGAAAAGUAAACCUGGAGCCGAACUUGGGUCUACCUACUAAAUUAGCCACACUCAAGCUGUACAACAAGGAGCUGGAGGCAGAGUUUGGGCCUUUUGACGAUUGGGUGAACACAUAUGAACUGUUCAGAGGGAAAGCCAAUGAGGAAGAGGGGGCGACUGAAGAGAGAUUUGUUGGCAAAUUUAAGGGACGAUUCUGCCUGUAUAAACUGAAUGAGGAUGAGGCAGAUGACGGUGACAAAGCCCCUGACACUGGACACUUCAGAGUCAACAGAGGAAUACCUCCCAACUCCCCGGUCCAAGUCCUCAUACGGGUUUACAUCGUCUCUGCGUCUAACCUGCACCCAGCUGACCCGGAUGGGAAGUCGGACCCUUACAUUGUUGUUCGGCUUGGCAAGAACGAAAUCAAAGACAGAGACAACUACAUCCCUAAACAGCUGAAUCCUGUGUUUGGAAGAUCUUUUGAGAUGCAGGCGACAUUUCCUCAGGAGUCUCUGCUUACGCUGCUGAUCUAUGACUAUGACUUGGUGGGUGGGGACGACCUGAUAGGAGAGACUCGCAUUGACCUGGAGAACCGAUUCUACAGCCGACACAGAGCCACCUGUGGACUCCCUACUGAGUACAGCCUUGACGGUUAUAAUGCCUGGAGAGACUGUUUGAAGCCAUCAGAGCUGUUGUCUAAGCUGUGCAGAGAGAACGGUCUAGACGGUCCUCAUUUCACACCAGGGCGCAUCACUGUGGCUGGCAAAGUGUUUGUUGGCAAGACCCUCUUCAUGAAUGAAGUGUCAGAUGAACCAGAGGAGUCCUAUGAGCACUUGUCUCUGAAGAUCCUCCACCGCUGGUCGGAGAUCCCAGCUGUGGGAUGCAAGCUGGUACCAGAACACAUCGAGACCAGAACUCUGUUCAACAAGGCCCGGCCCGGCAUGGACCAGGGCCAGGUCCAGAUGUGGGUAGACAUGUUUCCCAUGGACCUGCCUCACCCGGGGCCUCCAGUGGACAUUUCACCUCGAAAACCAAAAAGGUACGAGCUGCGUAUCAUCAUAUGGAACACAGAAGAUGUGAUUCUGGAAGACAGCAACUUUCUGACCGGUCAACAGUCCAGUGAUAUCUACGUCAAGGGCUGGUUGAAAGGUUUGGAGGAUGACCGACAGGAGACAGACGUCCACUACAACUCUCUGACUGGAGAAGGAAACUUCAACUGGCGCUUUGUGUUUCCCUUCAGCUACCUGCCUGCUGAGAAGUUAGUAGUGGUGAGGAAGAGAGAGAGUAUUUUCUCUCUGGAUAAAACAGAGCAGAAGCUUCCUGCCAUCCUCUGUCUGCAGGUCUGGGACUUCGAGACACUUUCCUCUGACGACUUCCUGGGCACAGUGGAGUUAGACCUUCAUGGUUUUCCUCGGGGGGCAAAGACGGCAAAGUCAUGUAAGGUGGACAUGAUGAUGGACGGGACAGAGAGAAUCUCCAUCUUCCAGCAGAAGAGAGCAAGAGGCUGGUGGCCCUUCAGCAAGUCAGGAGAGCUGACGGGGAAAGUGGAGGCGGAGUUUCAUCUUGUGACAGCUGAGGAGGCAGAGAAAAAUCCAGUUGGCCGAGCCCGCAAGGAGCCCGAGCCGCUGCCAAAACCAAAUCGUCCAGACACCUCCUUCUCGUGGUUUGUCAAUCCAUUCAAAUGUUUCUUCCACUUGGUGUGGCGAAGCUACAAGAAGUACAUCAUCGCUGCCCUGCUCGUGCUCAUCACAGUGCUGUUCCUCGCCCUGCUGUUCUACACACUGCCAGGAGCCAUUUCUCAGAAGAUAAUCAAUGGAUAACUCAAACACAAGCGGAGACUAUGUUAACGUUUGCUAAAACUACAGUACUCAGCUUUAAAAUAAAUAAAUGGCAAUACGGUGUCACUACCCGUUUUAAUAGAUUUACAUCAACAAGAACAAAUGGGCAUAGGAGCAACAGGGACGUUGUAAAGAAAUGCAUAAGUUUUUGGUUUUCUAAUCUGGAAUUGUCAAUAACAAAUCUAGAUUUUUAAGACCCAAUGUGAUUCAAGCUGCACUCACCGCUGGGUUCAAUUUUGCUCUACUCAAGUGCAAGGCAUUGGAAACAAUGGGUUUCAGAGCGCAGUGGUGCCGUUGUCACGUUGUCUAAAAGGGCCUUUAAAACGUAGGUUCUGAUGUUUUCAAGUCUAUGUAGCUACAAUACUCAACAUACCAAAUGUACUUUGAAAGAGUAAUUAAUCACUGGAAAAUAUUGGCUAUGAAGACAAGAAAAUCACAAAACACAUUUAGAAUACUUUAUAUAACUUUUAGAGUAACUUUAUUUGGCUUUCACUAACUGCUUCAUCUGAACUAUAGUAUGCAUUUUCCACAGAACAUGGGCUGGGGAUUUUAUCCCCAGUGUUUUACAAUGUAGUCAUGUUAUGAAGCAACCAAUAACUCAACAUACUGCAGUGUUAUCAGAGUGCUGGCUUUAAAAAAAAUCUAUAUCUAUGCUUUUAAAUUAUCACCAAAUACAUUUUAUCUGUUGAGGAAGGGACAAGCUUUGUUAAAAUAUAUUAGCUGCAUUUAUUAUAACUUUUGUGAGUUGGUCAAACUGCAAAAUUGAAGUAUUUUUCUUGUUAGCAGCCAUGAGAUGUUUCUAGUAAACAACUCAAAUCAGUAUCUGUCAAAGGUGGUUUCUCGACAAAAAGUAACACUUAUCAGAUAAUUUCUUAUUUAUCUUCCACAUCAGGCCAAGUAGAGAUGCGUGUCUCAUACACAUUUCAACACUUCACUAUCAGCCACACAAUAUUUAAAAAACAGUCACAUUGCACACUAAAAACAUGAUGAUACAUUGCCUCUGAAAUCAGACAAUCAUUUCACUUUGAUGGUUUCCACAUAUAUACACUUCAUACUGAGAAAUAGUUCAAAUAAAAUUUUAAAUGUGUUAUUUUCUAAAUGUAUUGUGUAUAUGUAUGAGUUUACAGUUGCCCGUUUUGGUCUACUGAUACUGGAUUUUAUGUGAAAUGAAGGUAAAUGAUAUCUCAUGAGUAUAUAACAGCAAAGACAAAGAUCAAUAUCUGUUGCUCUGAUUUUUUUUUAUCUCUACAUAUGGGUGGGGAUAAGGUGCUUGUAAGCUCGACCUGAUUGAUUGAAACAUUGUCAUGUAUGCUCAGCGAAUAAAGUUAUUCAGUUUUAGCAUGCAG